CCUGCCAGGGGACCGAUGCCAGGCAGCACCAAAGGCUCGGUGCCACCCGGCCUUCUCCCUAAACACCAGGGCAACUGGAAAAGGCAGGGCUGGUGGCAGCCGUGUGCCCUGUGCAGGCACCGGUGCUGACCAGCAGGGAGCCAGGCCCUUGGGCAGCAGCCCCCCGGGCUGGCCACUUGCUUUCCCAGAGGCCCUGCGGCCCACCCUCCCCUCCUGAGACAUUGCGCAAGGUGCCACCACAGUUCUGAGGCUCUGCCAGGGGCGGGGAGCCUCUGGGGACCAAGUGCCCCCAGAGCCUCCUUCUGGAGUGCCCGUGCCCCCGUGGGUCUACCACUACCUCCCGGUUCCUCCCUGAGAGCAGUGGGGGAGGGCAGGCGGCAGGAGAGGGGGCGGGCGCAGGCCCCCCGGCAAGCAUGGGGCGGCAGUCCUUGGGACAGUUGCUGGUUGCUCUGCUUUUUGUAACAUCUGGCCCCAGCCCCCAAGAUCCCGCCGGGCCUGGGGCCUCCAGAAGGAGAGACUGGGGGGCCCCGACCUGCCCUCCCACGCCCAGGACAAGACGAGAGUCUGGCAGAGGUGGACAGAGCCAACGGCCCCGCGCAGGCGGACGGUGAGGAGCAGGAGGGGCUCGGGGACGAAUGACCACACUGGCUGUGUCUCCAGCUCAGAGGAACCAGAGCAAAAGGGGAAGGAACUGGACCUCCAGGUUGGGACCCAGGCUGCAGGGGGGAGGAGAAGGGCCCUGGAGGCGAGCCUUCCUCUUCCUGACACAGGCGCCAGCCCCCUGCCCCCAUGUCAGGGACACAAGGACGGCUUCCCUUUCCAGCCUGGAAAGCCCCCUCCCUGCUCCCCCCUCAUCCUGAGCUGGGGGCCCGGAGAAUGGGAGCCAGAGCCCCCCCGAGGGAAGCGCUCCCACCCCUCAGACCUGCUGGCAGAAGCUCUGUCCCUCCCACCCAGGACCCUGGGUCUGUGGCAGCCUGGGCUUCUUUGGAUACGUGUCCCGGGAAAAAGGCCCCGAAGCCCACGGGGGCCAGGCCCGGCCUGACGACUGCCCGCUGCGGGCACGUCCAGGGCCUCGGGUGGACAGACACUCCUCCAGCCUCAGGAUGGACCCCCCCGCCCUGGGAAUCUGAAUUCUGGCAUCAGAUGUUCUAGAAGGGCAGGGGUGGGCGGGGUGGCCCCAGGAGGAGCAACGGCAGAAACCUCGGUGCCUGGCAAAGAGCUGAGCGCAGCAGGCCAGCGGGGCGGCGGGCCCAGAGCCCAGCAGGUGCGGCUGAGUGCAGCGAGGAGCCGUGAUUUCGGGCCUCUGCCUGGUGGCUGUGAUUGGAGAGCCCUGGGUGUCUCGGGUGACUGAUUCUGGGAACCGUGGACGGGCCAUGCCGGGCGUGCCUCUGCCCAGAAGCCUCGGGCCGUGGGGGGCCUGGCCCGGGGCGGCCCUGCUCACAGCCCUCUGGAUCCUGUGGCUGCUCCGAGGGGCCCCUGGGGGUGUCCCGGCACCGCAGCGCACUCUCACCAUCCUGAUCUGGCACUGGCCCUUCGCCAGCCGGCCCCCGGAGCUGCCCAGCAACACCUGUGCCAGCUACGGCGUGGCUCACUGCUGCCUGAGCACCAACCGCAGCCUGCUGCCCAGCGCCGACGUUGUGGUCUUCCACCACCGAGAGCUGCAGACCCGGAGGGCCCGCCUGCCCCUGGCUGAGCGGCCGCACGGGCAGCCCUGGGUGUGGGCCUCCAUGGAGUCCCCCAGCCACACGCAGGGCCUCAGCCGUCUCCGAGGCAUCUUCAACUGGGUGCUGAGCUACCGGCGCGACUCGGACAUCUUUGUGCCCUACGGCCGCCUGGAGCCCCGCCAGGGACCCGUGCCCCCACUGCCGGCCAAGAACGGGGUGGCCGCCUGGGUGGUCAGCAACUUCCAGGCGCGGCAGCGGCGCGUGCAGCUGUACCGGCAGCUGGCGCCUCACCUGCCGGUGGACGUGUUUGGCCGAGCCAGCCGGCGGCCACUGUGCACCAACUGCCUGCUGCCCACCGUGGCCCGGUACCUCUUUUACCUGGCCUUUGAGAACUCGCAGCACCCGGACUACAUCACCGAGAAGUUCUGGCACAACGCCCUGGCGGCCGGCGCGGUGCCCGUGGUGCUGGGGCCCCCGAGGGCCACUUACGAGGCCUUCGCACCACCUGACGCCUUUGUGCACGUGGACGACUUCGGCUCCGCCCGAGAGCUGGCCGCCUUCCUCCUGGGCAUGAAUGGCAGCCAGUACCGGCGCUACUUCGCCUGGCGAGACUGGCUCCGUGUGCGGCUGUUCGACGACUGGCGGGAGCGCUUCUGUGCCAUCUGCACCCGCUACCCCCACCUGCCCCGCGACCAGGUCUACCAGGACCUCCAGGGCUGGUUCCAGGGCUGGGUCCAGGCCUGAGCUCUGGCGGGCAGAGCGGAGAGGGGAGGGUGGCUGGGUGCGGGCAGCUGGGUGUUCGGACCAAACCACUGGGCAUCGGCUCCACAGGCAACCAUCAGGCUGACGCAGAGACUGGAAUCAGAGGCCAGGGUGCAAGGAUGAGGGAGGAGGGGGCCAAUCUGGGCAGGCUGCCUGGAGGAGGAGGCUGGUGGGUAUGAGAGCAGGCAUUUGGGGUAGCGGCGAGAACAGCGAGGGAAUUAAUGGGGGUGCGUGCUCUCGAGGUGGAUCGGAGAAGAAAGGUCGCUAAGGCCUUCCUUCCCCACUUGGUCAGGUCUCGGGCAGGUCAAGGCUGCUACACCUUGACCUGGGGGUGUGGGGCUGUGGGGCUGGAGGCAGGGACGGGCCCUGGGAACAUGCCACCCUGUGUGGGGUUUUUUUUGGAAAACCUGCCCCACCCCCGAAGCCUUCUCCGUACCCGGGGCCCCCGGCCCAGGAGGCACUGCUGCACUGCCCACUCGGACCAGCUCUGUGCAGGCCCGGGCAAGCUGAGAGCAAGCCGGGCGGUUCUGGGCUCUUUGCAGUCCACUCAGUGAGGGGCCAUCGGUCAAUAAAGAAACAAAG